AUGAGGCAGAAGAUGCUGUUGAUGGAGAGGGGCAGGAUGUUGAAAAUGAAGCUGGUGAUGACGAAGGAGAUGAACUUGCAGAUGACAAGAACUACAGUCGUGUUGCUGCACAGUUACCUGGACAGAGCUCAUAUGCCCCUAGAGGUGAAAAGCGGAAUGUUUCACGUAACCUUGAAACCCCAAACCUUCACUAGAAGAGCAAUCCUUUCCAUUGUAGCGUCUGUGUAUGAUCCCAUAGGAUUUCUUGCUCCAUUCAUCUUUACAGCAAAAUACAUUUUGCAAGAGCUGUGUAAACUGAGCUGUGGGUGGGAUGAUGAAAUUCCAAGUGCUUAUCAUUUAAAAUGGCAGCAGUGGCUUGUUGGGCUGCGGCAAAUGGAAAGCUACAAGGUCAACCGAUGCAUCAAACCAAAGAGCUUUGGAGCAGUGGCAUCUGCUCAGCUUCACAACUUCUGUGAUGCAAGCGAAGUUGGGUAUGGCGUCGUAACCUACUUGCGACUCACCAAUACAGAAGAUGCAGUCCACACAGCUUUCCUUUUUGGGAAAACGAGGGUAGCCCCCUUGAAAAGGGUGACUAUUCCUAGAUUGGAAUUGACUGCUGCAAUGUUAGCAGUCAAGAUUGACAAGAUGCUAAAGACCGAACUGCAAACCCCACUUGCAAAUUCAGUGUUCUGGACGGACAGCACUUCUGUCUUAAAGUACAUCCGAAAUGACACAAAGAGGUUCCAAACAUUCGUUGCUAACCGUGUUGGAGUUAUCAGAGAGUCGACCGACAUUGAUCAGUGGAGGCAUAUUGCCACCGAAAGAAAUCCAGCAGACCUUGCCUCCCGUGCUCUUCGACCUUCAGCCAGCCUUCACUCGUCCCCCCGGCUCCAGCGGUCGAUACUCACCCAGCCCAUCCGCGGGUCACCUCAGGCGGGGCCCGCGGCCGGCAGCUGCCUGGGGCCCGCGGCGGCCUAG